CUGUUGUAAGAUGGCGCCCUGUGAAAUAUGAGUGGUUAAUAAAAAGAAACACUACAGCCAGCGAUCUAACGAAAAUAAAGAGAAACAAACAACAAAGCAGCCACAGGGGGACGUCAGUUAACGUGUCCCUGUAAGAACAGCGCAGCUUUUUGAGGAGAGAUAAGCACGGGUGGGCGGUUCGAGCCUAUUGAGGAAGAGAGAUAUAGAGCGUACCAUAGCCUACAGCUGAUUAAAAGCACUGCUUUCCUCCCAUCCUGCCUAUAAAGGAAGACACUCUCAGCAGUAAUGAAUAACUCCCUGGAUGGUACAGGCUCUUAUGAGGAGCUUGUGAGGCAAAAAGCUCGGAGCAUCCCUCAGCAUCGCAUGAAGGAGUUCCUGGAGUCCUUGGCCAGCAAAGGCCCAGAUGCCCUGCAAGAGUUCACCCAGCAAGGCGGAGAUGCUACUACCACCACCACCACUAUGGUCUACCAACAAGAGCCCAACUGCAUAUACACAGACAGCACAGAGGUGGCAGGGUCAUUGUUGGAGCUGGCUUGUCCGGUUCAAGUGCAGGUCCAGCCGCAGCAGCAACAGAUACAGGAGUCUCAGCAGCAGUCUGUACAACAGAAUACAGAGCAGCAGAUUGUGCAGGUGCAGAUCCAGGGUCAGCAGCAAGGUCAGAUGCUUGGCCAGGUCCUUCAAGUGCCGUCUGGCUCCCAUCAACAGCUUCAAGGAGUCACCACUGCACAGCUGAUUCAGCCUGGGGAACUCACAGAGGAGCAGCACCAACAGCUGCAAGCCCAGUUGGUAGCAGCCGUGGCAGGAGGACAACAGAUCCAAAUCCAGACCGUGGGUGCCCUCUCUCCCACGCAGCAGCAGGACAAUGUUGAGAGGAGGGUACUCGGUACAACCGUUGCCACAUCACAGGGAGCAGGUGUCCUUCAGCCAGCCAAGAAGCGCAAGGUCGACAUGCCCAUCACUGUGUCCUAUGCCCUGCCUGGUCAGCAAGUAGCCACAGUCCUGGCUAUUCCUCAAGGACAGGGACAGCAGCAAAGUUACGUGUCCCUGCGGCCAGACCUCCUAACUGUGGAUAGCUCCCACCUUUACAGUGCUACAGGCACUAUCACCAGUCCCACAGGUGAGACCUGGACAAUCCCUGUUUAUUCUGCUCCUGCUGGAUCUGGAGGCCGUGAGCAGGUCACCCAUAUUGCCAUCCCACAGGAAGCCUAUGGAACAGUGCAGGUUUCCGGGGCAAACACUACGACAAUGACAACAAUGCCAACACAAGUUACGAUUGAAAAUGACAAGCUGAAAAGUCAGACAAUUCAGGCCGUCUCCAGCAUUACAAGCUCUGGGGGGAUGGGAGGCCAGGAAGAAGUGGUGCACACACUGUCUGCAAACAUGUUCCCUGCCCAGCUGAUGAACGGAAACAUCCACAUCCCGGUGGCAGUACAGGGCUACUCCAACUCUACACAGUCCCUUAUCUGGGAUCCACAGCAGCAGGUGCUGCACACCCACGGGCUGUCGGGGCAGGACGGACAGCAGCUUCAGGGUCAUACAGUGGUAGCAGAGGUAGAUGGCCAAGGCCAGCACCAGGUGCAGGUGCAGGAGCUGCUGCUGCCUGCAACACUGAAGCCAGAGGAGGGGCUGGAGGUGUGGCGGAUAUGGGCUCAGAGGAAAAACGCAGAGUUGGAAAAAUCCGACACAAAUAAACUGGCUCCAAUUGGCCGACGCCAGGCACUGCGUUUCCAGGAGGACUUGGUGUCAAGUGCAGUAGCUGAGCUGUGCAUGGGUCUCUCCUGCAUGACAACAGAGGCUCGGGGGCUGGAAGAAGAGACUUAUGAGGCGGAUGUUCUCUACUAUGUAUUUCUGUGCAUACAAAAGUAUCUGUUUGAUAAUGGCCGUGUGGACGACGUUUUCUCAGAUCAGUAUUACACGCGCUUCGCUCACAGUCUGCACCAGAUCUUAGAGCCUUGGAGGACGUCUAUUCAUCCGCUAGGUUACAUUAUCCCCAGUCAUGUGACAGAGGAGAUGCUGUGGGAAUGUAAACAGCUUGGAGCUCAUUCUCCCUCGACGUUGCUCACAACUCUAAUGUUCUUUAACACCAAGUAUUUUCACCUAAGGACGGUGGAGCAGCAUCUAAAAGUGGCCUUUUCUAAGGUGCUGAGACACACCAGGAAAAGUCCCAACAACCCCAAAGACAAGAGCACCAGCAUCCGAUACCUAAAGUCAACAGAGCGGUUCAUAGGACAGAAAGUCACAGAUGACAUGUACUCGGAGCAGCUGGAGGACCCAGAGAACCCACUGCGAUGCCCCAUCAAGCUCUACGAUUUCUACCUCUUCAAAUGUCCGCAGAGUGCUAAAGGUCGCAACGACACCUUCUACCUGACUCCUGAGCCCGUGGUGGCUCCCAACAGCCCCAUCUGGUACUCUACUCAACCGAUCCCAAAAGAACAGCUGGAGCAGAUGCUGGCACGCAUCACUGUCAUUCGGGAAAUCCAGGAAGCCAUUAACUUGUCUGAGAGCGUGCACUAGUUGGAGCAGAGACUUGCAAAAGGACUAGACUAUUUCCUUUCUCGUCACCCAGCCUUUGACUGCUCAUCAUCAGUAGUUCUCUACUCUCACACCCUCCUGUGGUCUUAAGGGAUGGCAUGUACAGUGCUCAGCGUAAAUGAAUACAACCCCUUUGAAAAGUAACUCGAUGAACACAAAAACUAUUUUCAAAAUUUUGACAAGACCAAGUUUAAUAUAACAUCUGUUUAACUAUAUAUAUAUAUAACUUAGAUUACACAUUUUUCAGUUUUACUCAAAUAAGUGCGAUGCGAAAAAGAGUACACCCCACAACAAAAACUACUUCAUCUAGUACUUUGUUUGGACUCCAUGAUUUUUAAUGACAGCACCAAGUCUUCUAGGCAUGGAAUGAAGAAGAUGGAAACAUUUUGCUACAUCAAUCUUUUUCCAUUCUUCAAGAAUGACCUCUUUUAGAGACUAGAGACUUUGUGGGGUGUACUCAUUUUUGCCCUUAUUUGAGUAAAACCAGAAAAUGUGUUAAGUGAUAUUAUUAACCUUACUUUCAUGUUAUAAGUUCAACAGAUGUUAUAUAAAACUUAAUCUUGUCAACAUUUUGGAAAAUGUUUUUGGGUUCAUUGAGAUCUUGUUUAAAAUGUUACUUUUCGAAGGGGGUGUACUCAUUUACGCUGUGCACUGUAUAUGUUUAUAUUCCUAUGUGUCAGUGUAUCAUACGUUCACGGACUGUACAUACAACUUGCUUGUCUUAUUGAGGCAAUCUCUCGACACCACAUUUUCCUUCUGUUUGGCCAAAGGAUGUAGUGUCCAAUUUUUUAAUUGGACCUUAACUCUAAUUUAAAUAGUAUUUUAAAUGUUGGCUCUUCUUUUCUUUUUUUUAAAGAUAUUUUUGGGGGGCUUUUUGCCUUAAGUUGGAUAGGACAGUGGAGAGUGACAGGAAAGUGGGAGAGAGAGUUGGCGUGGGAUCCGGAAAAGACCACGGGUCGGGAAUCGAACCCGGGUCGCCGGCGUACGGUGCAGGUGCCCCAGCCAGUUGCGCCACGGCCGGGGCCACUGUUGGCUGGAAUUGUUAUUCCCCAUUUUAUUUGAAUCUGUAAUAUAUUUUCUAUAUGUUUUCACUGGGGUUGGCCUACGCUAUGCUGCUUUUCAUUGAAACCCCGCUUUGUUGCUCUUCUUUCACUCAUUUGCCUUUGUCACUGUUCAGUGUCCCAGUGAAUACCUCAGUGGUAUUAGGACUGCAUUAAGUAGCCAAACUUAGGCAAAAAGCAAAUGUUUAAGUUGUGUGAAUAAUCCCUUGGUUUUGUAUUUCACUCGUCUGUCUUGAGCUCAGUUCACAACACACGCAAACACGGCGAACUCUGAAGAUCACUCGCUUGUUCGUGAUUGUUUCAUGUUGUUGGACUAGCUCAGGAGCAUUGAAUCACUUAAGCAAACAGACUUUAUUGCAAUACAGUGUCGACACUUGCCCUGCAGCUACUAGCACUUGCCACACGGUGGAGACGUAGCAGAGGAAGGGUGAAGGAUCUGCCUUUCUCUCUCCUGUCCACCACAAACCCCAAAACUCACCCGAGGAGGGAUCUAUUGUAUCAUACAUGUUUAUUACACGACAAAUGAAAGACUCUUAAAAAAAAAUAAAAAAAUAGAGGGUUAGCCCUUUUAUGUUAUAUAAUGUAUAAUACUCAUAUCUCCUUCAUGUACUGUAAUGGGUUUCAGUCAUCUAAGGAGAAUGACAGUGCCUGUGUGUUUUUGAAACAUGACCGUUUUUGUACAGCCACUA